GUGUUCUGUUCGUAAUAGAAAAGACAUAUUAUAAAACAAUUAGUACAUGGUAACGCAUGUGGCAAUGCGUGGUAACACGUUGCUUUAGUAAUUUAUACUUCAAAAGCGAUAUUAAACAUUAGUUUAUAGUAACUUGAAUAAAUUAAAACUUUGACCCCACCAAGUAAUCAAAAAUUAAUUAAAAAAUGGUUAUAGUUUCAUCAACAUUCAAUUAUCGAUUAAUUAACUUGAGUAACUAAAGUAUUAUUAAUCCAUGUGAAGUUAUAGGACUUUCUCUAAGAACUAUGCGCGGUUAAUUCUCUAACUUAACGGACCGAUCCAAGGAUGUACUCGACAGAUCUCCCCCCCCCCCUCCCCACCCCAUUCGGCUCAGAAGAAGACUUGAUAUGGUACCAUUAUACAACGUGGAGAUCUUCGUAUGGGUCUCACAAUACUAUCCAAAUUAUAGUGAAUAGUAAAACGCUUCUAUUACUUCACAAAAAUUCUUUAAAUAUUUAAUCCUUGCCCCCACAUGUCUGGGAAUUAAAUUCUGCGCCCCCCCCUCCCCCCCCCCCCCCCCAUGGUUAUUGUGCCACACAUAACAUGAUUUCAAAUAACUUCGAGCUGCUGCCAUCUAAGUUUUCUUAAUUUCUAAUAUAAUCGUCUACCAAACAUAUAGUGAUAUUUUUUGGAUCUCUCCCCCAUUUCUUUUAUAUCUCCCCCCACCCUGGUCGACUUGUCAGUACUGUACUAUUCUACAUGUGAACAAUAACCCGAAUAGUAUCAUCUACAGUGACUACUACACAUGCACACAAAGUGAUUUCAAAAAAACUUCGAGAUGCUCUUAACUAAGUCUUAGCAAUUUUUAAGACAAUCGUCCACAUAAUAUAUUGAGACUUUUUAAAUCAAUCCCCUCCCCCCUUAUUUCAAUGUUGAAACCUACUGUACUUAUCCAAAACUAACAUAAGGUGACACUAGCACCGCAACUGUGUCACUGGCAGUUGAAAUUUAACAUAUGAUGUUGGAAUUAAACUAUAUUGUAAUGCCUAACAACAUUGAAAUCGGGGGAGGGGGUUUGUCUCAAAUAUUUUGUGGACGAUUGGAGGCCUAUUAAACACAAUGAGAUCAGGCCGUCCUUCCGCCUUCUGGGACAUAAUAAUUACUAUACAUGAAGUUCUUCAGAGAACAAAUCAAUAUGGCGGACGACGAAGGUCCGUUAUGUUGUUGUGAAUAUUAUAAUAUUCGAAAACAAAGAACACAUCUACUGACAUUUUGUUGUGAAUGUGAUGAACUUGAUAAAACGGUUGAUGAUUGGAUCAAAGGAAAUCCUCAAAAACUUAACAGACUAACAGCUAUAGUCGAAUCAUUCUGUGAUCGUUGCCGUGUUCCGUGGUUCGGUGGUGCAAAGACAUUUGAUUUUGGCGGUGCAUUUCCUGCUAUUUUGUUACCUGUAUCAACUUAUAUAGCGUGUUGGCAUUAUAUUUUAACGAUCUUGAUAUUCCUUGCACUUCCAGUAAUGGUUAUAUCGUGUUAUGUAUUAACUAUCAAACUAAAAAUGAGGACCCGACUAUUUCUAUCUUUAAGUAUCACAUCAACCAUUGGAUGUUAUGCAGUAUAUUUCUAUUAUGUUGCUCCAUUCCAAACACUUCAAAUCAAUGCUAUUCAUGUUGCGAGUGUUAUAGUAAUAUUGAUAUGCUUCAAGUUAUCAAGACGAAAACCUGCUACCAGCCACCUUAACUCUUUCAGAACUAGCGCUACAUUUUGUAGCGAGUGCACUCAAAGUAUUCCAUAUAGAGGGAAACAUUGCAGGUAUGCAAAUAUCAAAUUUCUGCACCUCGUCUUCAAGCCCCCUCUCACAUAUUCUCAAAGAGCAAUAGAAAGGAAAACACUCCAGGGGCAGGGGGCCCAGUUGCCCCACUCGGCCACUCCAGAUUGCAGAGUUGGUCAGAGCUGCCCCUGAGAUUUUUCAGUGCAACGUUUUAGCACCCCUAGAAGUGCGUCUGAAGGCUCUAACCUGCCACCAAACCUCAAAAACUUCAUUGCUUUUAAUAGCUAUUUGCCCUGUCCAGAUCUCACUGCACUUAAUAUGCAUGGAAGCCAAGCCAGUGCCCUUUUAUACAUGCAUUGCUCUUUCAAAGUGAUACAUACUGGGUGGCCUGGCCUGCCCAGACUGAGCUUACUCCAAUUCCAACUUCCAAUUCAGAUGCUACUUGAUGUUGACAUUCUAUACUGAUUAUACAAAUAAACAUACAUACUAUGUGUUUUAGAAUAUGCAAGCUGUGCAUUGUGAAGUAUGACCAUCACUGUGUUUGGUAAUUGAUUAUUUAAUAUUAAUUUUAUUAUCAGGAUUUUGGGCAUCUCACUCGGGGUUCUGCCCAGGGUCAUGUGAGUGCCAGGUACAUAAACUUCUGCCGUGCGCCCCCCACCCACCCCAUGAAAAAUCUUACACAUUUUUUUGGGCUUACCUUAAUCAUUUUUUAACUAUUGCUAAGGGAAGCCCGGCACCUGCACCCACCAUGGGCAGAACCCUGAUCUCACUCGAUAUAACUAGUUGUUGAGGGGAUUUGUAGAUGAAAAACAGCUGUACCGGAAUUGCAUGACUGCAGGCUUGAUGCCUGCCAGAGGGCCGAUAGUUACAUUUUUCGCAACCGCAUCUGGUUGGAUCUAAUAAAUGUAUAAAAAUUACAGGUUUCCAUUAUUUAUAUUCAAGGGUGGAAAAAUAUUUUCUAGGACUGCAAGCCAUAACUGUACUUUAUGUGCCUCAGGGCACAUUCAUUGGCUACUUAAAGAGUUAAAUACAAGUUAGAAUACAAGUCAAAUACAAGUUAAAGUGCCACGAUCUGGGAUUAGACAGUGUAAAAUAAUAGAUAGGGUUCUUUAGGUUAAAUUUCAGCUUAAGCCAUUAAAUGAUAAAAUACUUGAUGAAUGAUGGUAUAUACUCACUGUAAGUUCCUUUUCUGUAGGAUUGAUUCCUGUAUUGGACAACAUAAUCAUAAAAUAUUCCUACUAACUGUUUUUCUGUAUUUGGUCAAUAUUGUUGGUUGUUGCUACAAUGCAUUGUUAUUUGAUUGUAAGUGGGAUAUCGGAUUAGUCCCUGAUUGUUCUCUGGCAUAUGCAACUGACAGGUUUGUACAAGAGUUGUCAAGCUUGCUAAUGCCAGGCAUUUGCCAAGUGUUUUAAACUGGCCUAGAGAUAAUUAACGGUUGAAAGGUUUAUUUAGAUGGUAAUUUCGAGUGUAAACAUGGGCAUACAAGACAGGGAAACUGCCCCCCCCCAAUUUUUUUGUGAAAACCAUGGAAAUUCGUACGAAUUACAGUACUUGGAAAAAUCAAGAAAAUUCGGGCAGAUUUAUCAGAAUAUAGGUUAAAUUCAGGUCAGUUCAUU